AUGGGAAACAUCUGUUCGCGCUCCCGAAAUGAGCCCGAAGCCUUCACCACUCCCGGUCGCGUCCUAGGCUCCGCCAACCCUCCGCCCGGUGAAACAGGGGAAUCCAGCUCCGGUCCGCGCGCCCCGCUCCCCGCAAAAGCAAGCACGGGUAGGCCCCUAGGCGGCGCGGGGGCUCCAGGGGCCGGCCCUGAUACGGCUGAUGCGCGGGCGAAUGCGGCGAUUGCAGCGCAGAAAAGGGCCGAGUCUGCUUCAGCGGGUAAGAAGGGGAGUUUGGGGUCCAAAUUGGCGGCUCAGGGGCAGAUACACAGACGUUGA